CCUCCUCCCCUCAUUCUCCUCUGCCUCGCUGCAGCCAUGUUCAGCGCUCUGCUCUCCUCCAUCAGCGCCUCCUUCUCUCCACCCGUCCUCCUCUCGGUCCUAGUUCUAGUGAUCGUCUUGGCUCUGGCGUCCCGUCGGUUCCAUCUUAACGCCAAACCUGUGAGCGGCGGCGCGGCGGCUCGGGGCUCCAUCCCCUGCCUGCCUCACCUCCUGGUCCUGGGAAGCCUCCCCUGGCUGGGGGGAGGCCUUCCUCCCCACCUCCUCUUCACCCAGCUGGCCUACAGGUAUGGACCCCUGUUUGCGCUCUACCUGGGCCCUCACUACACCUUGGUGGUGAACGACCACCAACACGCCAGAGAGGUGCUGCUUCAGAGGGGCAAGGACUUCGCCGGACGUCCCAACAUGGUCACGACCAGCCUGCUGACCCGAGGAGGUAAAGACAUCGCCUUUUCAGAUUACUCUCCUCUGUGGAGGCUCCACCGCCGCCUCGUCCACAACUCCUUCACUCUGUUUGGGGAGGGAACCAGCCGGCUGCAGGACAUCGUUUUUUCUGCAGUGGACAGUCUUUGCGUGGAGCUGCUGUCCCACGGUACCCGGGGCUUCGACCCGUCUCCCGCCAUAACCAGAGCCGUCACCAACGUGGUCUGCACCCUGGUGUUCAGCAGCACCUACAGCAGCGGGGACAGCGAGCUGCAGGAGGUGAUCCGCUACAACAACGGCAUCGUGGAGACCAUCGCCAGAGGAGGACUGGUGGACAUCUACCCCUGGAUGAAGGUCUUUCCUAACAGGUCCCUCAGUAAACUGAAGGAGUGCAUCGCUGUCAGAGACCGCCUGCUGAGCCGGAAACUGGAGGAGCACAAGGCGGCUCUGAGCGAUGGAGAUCCUCGUGACCUCCUGGAGGCCCUGCUGAAGGGUCAGACAGGAAGUGGGCGGGGUCAGAAGACACAGGGGUCAAAGGAGGAGGGGAUAACAGAUGACCAUGUCCUGAUGACAGCGGCAGAGGCUUUUGGAGCAGGUGUGGAGACGACUUCCACCACUCUGCUGUGGAUAUUGGCCUACCUGCUGCAUCAUCCUGAGGUCCAGGAGCGAGUGCAGAAGGAGCUGGACGAGAACAUCGGCUGUGAGAGAGCAGUAAGCGUGUCGGACCGCGGGCGGCUGCCGUAUCUGGACUGCGUCAUCAACGAAGGCAUGAGGAUCCGCCCGGUCAGCCCGGUUCUGAUUCCCCACACCGCCAUGACCGACAGCAGCAUUGGAGGGCACGCUGUGCGCCGUGGGACUCGUGUUCUGGUCAACAUGUGGUCGAUCCAUCACGACCCCCGGCACUGGGACAAACCCGACCUGUUCAACCCAGAUCGUUUCCUCAACGACCAAGGCCGACGAGCCACGCCCUCGUGUUUCCUGCCAUUCGGGGCGGGACCUCGGGUUUGUGUCGGCGAAUCGUUGGCCAGGCUGGAGCUUUUCCUCUUCCUGUCGUCUCUGCUCCAGCGAAUGAGCUUCAAGCUGCCAGACGGGGAUUCCCCGCCAAACCUGCAGGGGCGUCUCGGUGUGGUCCUGCAGCCGCUGCCUUAUAAGGCUGUAGUCAUUCCACGCCCAGGAUGGGAGGGCGGGGUUAAAUAAAAAGGGGAGUGGCUUAAAGUCAACGGAAAAAUGUUGCUAGCUCAUAGCUUGACCAAAUUUUAACUU